ACUACGUCGGAAUCUCUGAAAUUGGUAUCUGAGUCGAAAGAAAAAGACCGACACAACGACAAAACAUAGCGUUAAUUUAUUUGUGUUGUGUGGUGUUAAAAGUAGUCGUCGAAGGGUUCAUUUGAAAGAAAUUUUUAUUGAAAUCAAAUAAUCUGAAAUUGCCCAGAAAACGAAAGCAGUUCAUUAGUUGGAAGAGGAAAUAAAUCAGGUUGACUAUCCAGCAGCAGUAGUUCCAGAGAUCAAGGGCUCCAGCCAAAUAGAACCAAACACACACGUACGCAACCAAGAGGUAGAAAAUAUCUCCAGCUUUUCUUGUUUUGUUGCUACGGUGGUGUUCUUCGUUAGCAUACCGAAAUAGAGAAGAAAGUGGUCAAUAUUGUUUUUGUUUAUUUUUCUCUAGCGGGACAUUUUAAAAACAUUUGUUUUUGUUGUUGGUGAUUCGCAGCCAGCCAACAACCCAUCCCAGCUCCAACUUCGUUAUCAACUGUAGGCCACCAAAAAUAAAACAACACAAAUUACAAUGGAGAAGAGAAUAGAUUUGGAGAGACGUGCUCGUAAAGCUAAUCAAAUUACAGAUUUAAUUUUGGACAACUGCCGGAGUACAAGUAUUGUUGGACUUACAGAUGAAUACACGGCAUUGGAAUCAUUAAGUUUAAUUAAUGUCGGCCUAACAACCUUAAAAGGUUUUCCAAAAUUGCCCAAUCUAAAGAAAUUGGAAUUAUCGGACAACAGAAUAUCAAAUGGCCUCAAUUAUUUGAGUACUAGCCCCAAAUUGCAAUAUUUGAAUUUGUCUGGUAACAAAAUUAAAGAUCUAGAAGCCUUAAAACCAUUGCAGGAAUUCAAACAUUUAGCAGUUUUGGAUCUAUUCAACAAUGAGGCAACACAAAUUGAAAAUUAUCGUGAAAAAAUCUUUGAAAUGUUGCCUUCACUUGAAUUUUUGGAUGGUUUUGAUCGCGAUGAUGUAGAAGCUCCUUCAGAAGGUGAUGACGAUGAGGAAAAUGGAAAUUAUUCUGAAGACGAUGAUAAACAAAAUGCAUUUAAUCUAAAUGGAUUAGAAAUCGAUUUGGAUGAGUUAGAAGAAUUUGAAAAACGCCUCAAGGCGAAACGUGAAGCUAUGAAACCAAAACAAGAACAAAAUACUACGACAAAUGACAAUAACAACUGCUCGACGACAAGCAAUAAAACAUUAGUGGGGACCAAUGAUUCUGAUUCUGUCAAUAAAGUGGCCGAGGAAGUCGAUGAACUUGAUGAGUAUUUGAAAACAUUGCAACUGAAAGAAAAGCAACAACAGGAGGAGAAACAAAAAUUACAACAAUCUUCUGACUCUACUUCUUCUUCUUCUACCAAUAUUCAGACAUCAUCUCCAAUGAAUUUUGCAAUAUUAUUGUAUUGGUUUUUAGCUAUUUUAAAUUUAGCCAGUGCUGCCUUUUAUUCCGAAGCCGAAUCAGGUGAAAAUGAUAAAGAUGGCUCAGACGGCAGUGAGUUGAGUGUGAGUACAGAAGAUGUCUCAUUAUCAGAGGUCUACAAUGAUGAUUUAGAAGAAGACGAAGGAGAAUGGGACGAAGAGAACGCUGCUGAAAAUGACGACGACGAUGAUGAUGAUGACAUUAGCGAUGAAGAUGAAGCUAACGAUUCAGCUGUUGCCGCAAACGCCGACAAAGCCGAAGAUAAUGCCGCCGAUGCUGAGGAAAGUCAGGCACGAGGCAAGAAAAGAAAGCAUGAAGGUUAAACAAGACAACCAACCAACCACACACACAACAGUAGCAGCAAAGAAAAUCAUUAUUAUUAUCAUCUUUCCGCACUUCGGUUAUCAUCCCGUCGUUUCUUUUCAUGUGUGUUUCUUUUUUAAUUAAUAAUUAUUAAAUCGUUUUUAUAUUAAUGGAUAAUACUUUUACACAUUACAUUGCAAAAAGAAAACAACAACAACAAUAGAAUAUAUUUGCAAAUUAUUUUUCGUAAAAGAGGGAAAAAAAGCUGAAACACCCCAAUAACAAACAAACAAAUCAAAUUUAAUAAUUAAGUCGAAAGUAAGAAAGAACAUGUAUUACCAAACAGCAACAACAACAACAAAACACCAAACAACAACAAUUAUGGAUGCAGACAAAGAAGAAAAUUUUGAGAAAUUAAGGAUUUCAUUUACAUACAACAAUAACAAGAACAAUAUAAAUUAGUGGAAACAAAAACAUCGUUGGUGAAAGCAAACAAACUAGUAUACAUAGCGCAUAGAGAUGAUGAUAUUUACAACAAUUUUACAAACAACACAUUUUACUUUUUUUUGAAAUCAAAAAAGAACCAACCAUGGAAAUAGCCAAAGCUAUUUGAAAUCGAUUAAAAAGGAACAACAACACAACUAAUUCUCUAAAUCUCAGCAACAGAUGAAAACCAAGAAAUACAAAGAACCCAAAUUUGGAUAACAAUAAAAUAAAUCAAGAAUAAUACUGUUCACAAAAUACUUAUCCUGUACGUCCGUCUCCUUUUAUUUGUUGAACAAUAUUGCAAACUCUGCGACCAACUGCUUAAUUUCCUCCACCCACUGUCCCCCCAUAAUGAUAUGUGCUUUGUGUUGCUGCAACUUUACACCUCUUUCAUAGAGACGCUUACUCGUCUAUUUUAAGAUCCCCAAGAAACCAAUUAAAAAAUGUAGAUACAAAUUUUUAAAGCUGAAA